AUGGAGAGAAGCAUCUCUUACAUCACCUCUACUCAGCUUCUUCCUCUCCAUCGUCGUCCCAAUAUCGCUAUCAUCGAUGUCAGGGAUGAAGAGAGGAAUUAUGAUGGGCAUAUAGCUGGGUCACUACACUAUGCGAGUGGCUCGUUCGAUGACAAGAUCUCUCACCUUGUUCAAAAUGUGAAGGAUAAAGACACACUCGUCUUUCAUUGUGCUUUGAGCCAGGUUCGAGGUCCAACUUGUGCAAGAAGGCUCGUGAACUAUCUUGAUGAGAAGAAACAAGAUAGUGGAAUAAAAAACAUCAUGAUCUUGGAACGCGGCUUCAACGGUUGGGAAGCUUCUGGUAAACCGGUUUGCGUUAUGUGUUUGGUGCCGUUGUUUCUCGUCCCGCUCAUCAAUUUACUUCCUCGGAUCAUCGAUUUCUUAAUGGCCAAAGUUUACGCGUGGCUCGGAUGGGAGUACAGGAAGCCAGCGAGAGCUCCUCCAGCUUGUCCUUUCAAGCCAAUUGCUAAAAACGACAACACCACCAAAGUGGCUGCGGAAACUGGAACUGAAGGUACAGAAACAAUAGCUAAAACCGUUGUUGCGGAGGAGACUAGUGGAGUUAAACAGGAUUGA